UGAUUGGAUCGGUGGAUAUGUUUUUAGAUAAGAUUAUUUUCACACACUUGGGUUUAUAAUUUGAUGUGGAUGCUAUGGAUGUAAUCUUUGUCUUUUAGUUUUCCAGCAAUUCGAUCUUUGUUUUGAAUAUCAUGUUUUUAUUACUAAUAUUUUUCCGUUCAAAUGAGUGAGUGACACUAUUUCCGUGCAAGAAUAAUAUUUUAUUUAUGGUGAAUUAUACGGUAAAGAUGUAAGUUUACAGAUCUUUCUUUUUAUGGAAUGAAAGAGAGAUUGAAAAAGGUAGGAUCCACACUUUGAAUAACAAUAAAAUAAUAAAAAAUAACUAUAAAAAGAAUUUAUUUUCUCUCUCUAUACCACUUCAAUCUGUAUAGUAGAGUGCCCCUUUAUUUAUUUGUGAAGCUUACUUCUGAACAUAAUCAUGAUAGUUGAAAAAAAUCAGACCGACCCUGUUGGUCGGAUCAGAAAACCGACGACCGGUCUCUAGACCUGUCCGAAUUGGUCAUUGGACCUAAUAAAUAGCAAAACCGGUGAGAACCGAUUGGAUUCAGCCGGGUUUUAUUGAAACCAGUGAACCGACGGAUUUAAAAAACCCGGACCAAUUCAGAAUUUUUUUUAAAUCCCCCGCCCCAGAGCGACGUUCGACAUUUAAAAACAAAACCCUAGUUCUGAAGCUCACCCCCAACACCCGAAUCUAUCUCACUUUCAGUCUCUCACUGCUCGCCCACAGACACCACCACAUCAUCAGAGCUCACCUCAGCGGCUCGGCCCAUCUCCGUUCACCGCCAACGCACGAUCUCCUCCAUCUGUGCUCGACUGCUGGCGUCUCGCCGCGCCUCCGCCGCUGAGUGCUCGAGGCCUCGAUCUGUGCUUCCUGCCGCGUUUCGUCGUCGUCCGCCAUCACUGCACCCAACCCAACGCCUCGUUUGCUCGCGAAAAUCGCCCUAGUCCUCCAUCUCUGCUCGCCUCAGCUGCUAGCGUCUCGCCGCGCCUCCCUCCACCAGUGAGUGCUCGAGCUGUGCGUGGGUGUUGCUGCUCGUCGUCCGUGAGUGUUGCUGCCUGCACUGCACUGCUCGGCUGCCUGCACUGCUCGAUUCUGCCUCUGCAACAACAGUCACCAGGUUGGUUGAUAUGGAUUCCACAGCACAGACAUACCAACAUCGCCCACUUUCAAUCAAGUUAUGGCCCCCUAGCCAGGGUACUAGGCUAAUGCUUGCUGAACGAAUGACCAAGAACCUUACAACCCCAUCCAUUUUCUCUAGAAAGUAUGGGCUGCUUAGCAAAGAAGAGGCCGAGGAGGAUGCUAAGCAAAUUGAAGAAAUUGCUUUUACGACUGCAACCCAGCACUUUGAGAAGGAGCCUGAUGGUGAUGGGAGUUUUGCAGUGCAAAUUUAUGCCAAGGAAUCGAGUAAGCUCAUGUUGGACGUUUUGAAAAGAGGUCCGAGAGUGAAGGAGGAUGGAGUAUUGGUAUCUGAAAAGGUCACUGUAACCGGUGAAACUGUUUUUGACAUAUCUGGUGGUCGCAGAGCCUUCAUUGAUGCAGAAGAGGCUACAGAACUGUUGGAGCCAUUGAGGGCACCAAACUCUUAUACUAAGAUAUGUUUCAGCAACAGAAGUUUUGGCUUGGAAGCUGCUCAAGUUGCUGAACCCAUCCUACUGUCAAUUAAGAAUCAAUUGAAGGAAGUGGACCUGUCGGAUUUUAUUGCUGGCAGGCCGGAAGCAGAAGCUCUUGAAGUGAUGACUAUAUUCUCCUCUGCACUGGAAGGUUGUGUUUUAAGGUACCUUAACCUGUCAAAUAAUGCCAUGGGUGAAAAGGGAGUUAGAGCAUUUCGGUCCCUCCUAAAAUCACAAAAUAACUUGGAGGAGCUUUAUUUAAUGAAUGAUGGUAUAUCAGAGGAAGCUGCAAAAGCAGUAUCUGAAUUAAUUCCUUCAACCGAGAAGCUCAGGGUUCUUCAUUUUCAUAAUAACAUGACUGGAGAUGAAGGGGCAAUUGCUAUUUCUGAAAUUGUGAAACGAUCUGCAGCUUUGGAAGAUUUUCAUUGUUCAUCUACCAGGGUAGGUUCUGAUGGUGGUGUUGUCCUGGCUGAGGCACUUGGAACUUGUAAACACUUGAAGAAGCUUGACUUGCGUGACAACAUGUUUGGUGUGGAAGCUGGAGUCGCCCUGAGUAAAGCUGUACUUGGAUUUGUUGAUCUGACGGAGAUAUACCUUAGUUAUUUGAACUUGGAGGAUGAUGGUGCAGAAGCCCUUGCAAUUGCAUUGAAGGAAUCUGCACCAUCGCUGGAAGUAUUGGAUAUGGCUGGAAAUGACAUUACUACAAAUGUUGCUGCUUCUCUAGCUGAAUGUAUAUCAUCAAAACAGUUCCUUGCCAAGUUGAAUUUGUCUGAGAAUGAACUGAAGGAUGAAGGAACAAUUUUGAUCAGCAAGGCAUUGGAAGAGGGUCAUGACCAGUUACUUGAGGUUGAUUUGAGUACAAAUUCAAUUACUAUGUCCGGAGCUAGGGUUUUGGCUAAAGCUGUUGUGCAAAAACCUAGAUUUAAGUUGCUAAACAUUAAUGCUAACUUCAUAUCUGAUGAAGGGAUAGAGGAGUUGAAGGAUAUAUUUAAAAGUUUACCUGAUAUGCUGGGUCCUUUGGAUGAGAAUGAUCCUGAAGGAGAAGACAUUGAUGAGGAGGCUGAAGAAGAUGCGGAUCGCGAUGAAUUGGAAUCAAAACUGAAGAGCCUUGAGAUUUAGGAAGAUUUAUAGGACAUAGACAUCCAACUUUUAUAUUAAAUUGAUUUGUAGUCAUGAGCUAUUGUAUGUUAGACUUCUGAAUUCCAUGUUAGCUUUAGAAUCAUUUAGGGUCAAUUAUGUUUUUCUAUGGCUGUUGGUUAUCUUUGGUUGGUUGAUCUAUUCUCUUCCUUUUAUCCUAGAGCUAUAGACCAGAUCAUCAUCAGAUUAAUCUACCAGAAUCUAAAAUACGUAAUAUUUGCUCCUUUAUUAUCUAUUUUUAUUUAUAUCUU